AUGGCUUUAAAAGAUGAAUUCAGGCACAGAACCCAUGGUCUCAUUCCUCCCCCUCCUUCAGCCCACAAAAGCCUGGCCUCAAAGAUCUUCUGCUUGUGCUGCAGAGACUGUAGGGAGCCCCAAGAUAUGGAUGAUUCCAGCUCCUCCAGUCAAACCCAAGAACACCAGACACUGACCGGAAUGGAAUUGUCAUUGCCAGGUUUGCAGCUUCAGAAGAAUGAACUUGGCAGACAGAAUCCCAAGCACACCAACCCAGGCAAACCCCUGAUCCAUCCAGAAGAGGACACCUUCAGCAGCAGCUUUGAGUUUGAGACACGACCAUUGGUCCCUGUCCAAGCAACCCCCCAUCCAGCGCUCUCUCUUCUUUCAGCUCUGCGGGCCAGCAAUUCAGAAAGACGCUUUUACAAGAGAAACCUCAACCGGUACUCCCAGGAGCGCUGGCCAUAUCAGCGGUGCCUCAUCGGGAAGCCCUGAGCCUUCUAGGCCCGGCCCACGCGUGGCCGAGGCUGCACAGCCGCCCGUGACGCGCGGAGCAAAGGGCGCGGAGCCCGGGCCAUGAGGACGGAUUCGGAAACUCCCCCCCAGGAGGAGAAGACGUCUGAGCCACCCCUGUGCCGCCAGCAGUCACUCCAGCUCCUGGAAAAGCCACCCAGGGAGGGUCUACCUCCAAUUAAACUCUGCUGCCAUCUCAGCACCUGUCUCUCCUUUUCGCCCCCUGGGCCUCACCGGGGAGUUUCUCUUGGGAGCAACGUUGUGUCGUUUUUAAAUAUAUUGACCCAACCAGCUAACCUGAAACAUUUUUUUUUUUUGAUCUUUUGGAUAGCUUUAUCUUUAAUUUUGGAUUCAUGUCAAACUUACAGAAAAGUUGCUAGACUAGCACAAAGGUCCAGUGGACCUUUACCUGGACGUACCAACUGCUGCUCUCACCUCCACCUGCCUCUCCACUGCUUUCCUCUCGCUCCCAGUCACUGCCUUCUAACCAUCCCAGAGUGGGACCUGGCACCCCCCUCGCCCAACCCCUCCCCUGGCUCCUAAAUGCUUCGGUGUGAGUUUCCUGGAACCAGGGUACUCUUAAGCAACUACGGCACAGUUUCAAAAGCAAGAAAUUCUACCUUAAUACAAUGCCAAGUGAAUUUCAUCAGUUGUCCCCAAAAUGUCUUAAACUGAUUUUUUUUUUUUUUUUGCAUGAUGCAGGAUCUUAGCCAAGAUCCCGAAUUGCAUGUGGUUGGCAUAUCUAGUCUCUCUAAUCUGGGACAGUUUUGUCUUUCUGUUCCUGAGCUUUAUCUUUCUGAGGACACAGGCACAACUGGCACACAGAACACCCUUCAGUUUGUGUAUGACUGGAUUCAGUUUGGGGCUAACAGGAAGGGAGGAAGCGACAGCAGCAAUUCAUCAGCGCCCCUGUCCUAGCAGAAAAGACGCUAAACGAUUCCACCUGCCAUUAAGUACUGGCGGGAUCAACCCUGAAUGCUGAAAAUGCUCCAGUCUCACGCGCACCCUCUUUCUGCCAACUACUAGCUGUGUCACCUGCAUCGAGAGAGCAGAACAAUGUUCUGUGCCUCAGUCUCCUCACCUGUAAAAUGGGUGCAGUUAUGGUAUAUGCCGGUGGGAUGUACUGGCCUUUCCUUCACGCUGCUUGGCCAUACCUCCUUGGAAUGUUCCUCCCUCCGCCUUUUACACUGGGCUUUGUCAUGUGACUUGCUCCAACCAAUGGGAAUUUAGCAGUGGGGGGGGGCGCCAGUCAGGGCUUAGAAGUGUGAUCUCAGUGGGCUUGCUUUCUCCUGCCUCUUGAACUCCCAUGAGAACAUGCCUACGGAGCCUACUAUUCCAAGAAGGAUUUAAAAGCUGCCUAAGGUGGACACCCCAGCCAAACUGAUAUGCAUGGCAGACAGCGUGGCUUCAUGGGCCGAGGGAAUCACCCCCAGAGGGGAUCAGCAGCGCCCUCCUUCCUCCUUGUUGUCUUCACUGACUAGUUAAACCUCCGCCCCCAGCUUCAGCUAGGGCAGUGGGAGAGAGAAUGGCAGAAGACAGUGGGAACAUUUAUGAUACAGAAUCAAAAUGCCUUGAUAAAAGAUUAAAUGUAGGGAGCAGGAGGAACAGAAGAUUCCUAUCUCUGACUCCAGACACAAAGUAAAUAGUGGGUUCUGACCCAAAAUAGGGAACUGGAUGGAGAAAUAGGUUUGAUCAGACAGUGGGGUGAGGGGGGGAGGUGGAGGAAGUGGCCCCCCAACACAGUCAAAGCAAACCUCCCUGCCAUCAUUAAAGACAGCUGUAGGCUGGGCACUGAUGAGGUGAGCAGUGUCCUCCGCCCAAUUGUCAUGUUCCUGGAACAAAACCUAUACCUCAUCCCUUGGUAAUAUUGUCUGCUUAACCAAAGUUACAGGCUGGCCCAACAAUUCCCAGCAUGUAUUAUCUGCUCACUCUAAUCCCUACACUGGGCAUCAGCAGAGAGCCAAGGAGUCCGACUCAUGUGAUAAAUCACA